AUGCAGGAGGAAGAAAUGUACACCUCUCUCCAAUGGGAUAACCCAACAUCAAACCCUUACCAGAAAAAUCUGCCUUCCAAAUGUUCAGGAACACGGUGUCUUGUGAUAGUGAUUUCAUGUAUUUUCUGCAUGGGCUUGUUAACAACAUCCGUUUUCUUGGGCAUCAAGUUGUUCCAGGUGUCUGCUAUUGCAGUGAAGCAGCAAGAAAAACUCAUCCAACAGGAGAGAACACUGUUGAACUUCACACAGUGUAAUAGAAACCAUGACUUCCAGAUGAAAUGCUGUCAAAUCCUCAUGAAAAACUCAUUAAAUUCAGCCCAUCACUGCAGCCCUUGUCCAGACAACUGGAUUCAGAAUGGAGAAAGUUGUUACUAUGUCUUUGAAAAUCACAAAACUUGGCAUACCAGUAAACAGGUUUGUUUGAAGGAGGGCUCUAAUCUUCUACAAAUAGACAACAAAGAAGAAAUGGACUUUAUCACAGGCAGCCUGAAGAGGAUCAAAAGCAGCUAUGAUUACUGGGUGGGACUGUCUCAGGACGGACUCAGCGGACCUUGGCUUUGGCAAGAUGGUUCUUCUCUUUCCCCAGACCUGUGCCCAGUACAGAGACUGCAAUCACCUAACCUGCUCUGUGGAUACCUCAAAAACAAGAUCCUUUUUUCAGCUAACUGCAGCAGUUGGAAACAUUUUAUCUGUGAGAAGUAUGCAUUAAGAUCUUGCAUCUGAAAGAAAUUGUGCUUUAAGUGAUCUCUCUAUUACAAUAGUAUUUGUAACAGGCCCUUGGAAAACCUGCUACAAAAAGCCAAAGAGCAAGUGCAGAAGUAAACCAAUGCGUGGGCUACGAAGCUAGCUACCUGGGACACACAGCUUAUUUUGUCACCUACAGUUCGUAAUAUUCUUUAAUACUUUCCAGAUACUUCUUUGACAUUGUUCAAAUUACC